AUGGAUCUGAUUCCGGCCCUCGCCAACGACUGUCUUGAGCGCCUUGCCGGUUACAUGCCAGCUACAUGCCGCAGGGAACAAUCCCCGUUCUUCGCUGUGCUCCAGCUAGCGUUCGUCAUGUCUCGUAGAAACCGAGGCUCCAAAGGAAAACACGAGGGAAACAAGACUCGAUCAAGUUCGAUCAAAGGCCCAAAACAAGACGGCACAUACGAAACAAGCUUCAGACGACCUUACAAUACCCGAAUCGCUUUCCGCAUUCGGACUCAAUUCAUGCUUUGCUUCCCUGAUGGUUCGCCACGAUCUCUGAUUGCGACCUCUCUCGUUGAUGGCCAGUCAGAUGCUGCAGAUCCCCAACAUUCGUCCCAAGCUUCUCUUCAAUCUGGCAGCAGCCGAGGGAAGUCAAAUUGGGGUAACACCCCAGAAGCCCUUGCUCCGGAUUGGGGCAGCACCCACGAGAACGAGUCCGAGUGCGGUGAGCUGUCAUGUAGUGUGCAUGAGAACAAAAGCCCCAGGCACACAUCAAGAUCCAGGCACAGAAGGGGACCUCGGCUCGAAACCACCAUCGAAAGAGGCUGA